AAGUCUGUUUGGUAAAACAAUACCCCAUGUAUCAGCUGAGCUGGUCUUUCAUUUGCAGUUAAUCCAGUGCUGUUUAAUGCUAUUACGGUUAUGUAAAUCAUUCUGGCUCAAUUCCUUUCCCUUUUGGUAUAAAUUCUCUGUGUGCUAGGAGUGUGACUUGGCAAGCAGGAACUCGUGGUACUGCAGUGUUGUUACAAACAGACCAUCAGCUCGAUAAUGGCAUCAGAUCCACAACCAACUCAAUCAAGUACCAAGAUUGUCAUCUUUGAGCAGGAAAACUUCCAAGGCCGCUGCCAUGAGAUCAUUAGUUCCUGCCCCAACCUAAAGGAAGCUGGUGUGGAAAAAGUUGGUUCUGUCCUAGUCCACUGUGGACCCUGGGUAGGAUAUGAAAAAUCAAACUAUAAAGGGGAGCAGUUUGUGUUUGAGAAGGGAGAAUAUCCGCGUUGGGAUGCCUGGACCAACAGCCAAAGAACUGAUAUCAUCUUCUCAAUGAGACCCAUCAAAUUGGGCAGCCAAGAACAUAAAAUUGUUCUUUAUGAAAAUCCUAACUUCUCAGGAAAGAAAAUCGAAAUUCUAGAUGAUGAUGUUCCAAGCUUCCAUGCUCAUGGUUACCAGGAGAAAGUGUCAUCUGUCCGUGUUCAAAGUGGAGCUUGGGUUGGAUACCAGUACCCAGGGUACAGAGGCUACCAGUACCUGUUUGAAAAGGGGGAAUACAAGGACAGCACGGAUUUCGGAGCCCAGCACCCCCAGAUCCAGUCUGUAAGGCGCAUUCGUGAUAUGCAGUGGCACCAGAGGGGAACAUUUCAUCCCAUCAAUUAAGAGAUCAUUCCCCUUCUCCACUUCUUAAAGCAAAGUGCUUUCCAUGAUCUGCUCAUGUUAUAUUACCAUAUUUUAAUGCUGCAAACCACAGUGUGACUAUAAUCAACUAGAGCAACUGAAUAAAGUUUUGUGCUUUGAAGGCA